AUGUCGUCUGCAUCAGCGCCCAGCAUGCGAUCUUCUGGUUCUGGUGGUUUUACCUGGGAGGAAGCGUCUCGAGGAGGAAACGUCUCCGUGGUUCUUUAUAUGAAGGGCGACGAAAAAGCAUGGCGUCACGCGGUUCGCCCGUCCAUUGACAUGUAUGUUAUACCCCCUCGGCUCGACACAUUUGCCUCCGAGAUCCUGGUCGGAGUAUCACCGCGACCGGGAAAACGGAUUCCUUUUCAUGUUUCUUUGGAUGAUUUCAGACUCACUGAUAGCCAAACAGUAUCUGCUGCCGAGUCCGUCGCCGUCUACGACUCCGAAACCGGGCUCACCUACUCCCAAAACUUGGCGUUGUACAAGGCCGACGGCCGCGGGAUAGCCUUCCGCGUCGCCAUCUCGAGCGAUGUCUCCAGUAACUCCGCCUACGACGCCGUGGUUCAGGUGAUUGUCCCCAACGAUGUCGGCUGGUCUGCCCUCGCCUGGGGCGGCUCCAUGACCAAGAACCCCCUAAUGGUCUUUUGGAGGGGAUCAAACAACCAGCCCGUGAUCUCUUCGCGUUGGGCCAACGCCCACUCAACACCCCAAUCUUACACCGGCGCCACCUACACGCUCUUCAAGACGGGCACCAAAUCCAACUCGACCCACUGGCAGUUCACGGCCCUCUGCACGGGCUGCACCUCGUGGUCCGCCGAUGGCGGCGCCGUCCGCUACGUCCAGCCCAGCGGCGGCAACAGGCUGGCGUUUGCGUACUCCCCGACUAAGCCGUCGAACCCGUCCAGCCCGACGAGCGCGAUCACGGUGCAUGAUGUGCAUGCGUACUGGAAUCACGAUUUCAAUACGGCGAGGAACACAAACUUUGAGGCUGCGGUGCAGAAGUUGUUGGGGAACAAGAAGUUUAAGGCUUAG